CAGUUUUAGUCACAUUGACCAAAAUGCGGAUGCAGAUGGGGGCAAAGGAGAGUGAAUGAGAAAUGCUGGCCUGCAAGGAAAUGAAGUUUCACUUUCAUGGCUGCUCAUCACUCUGCUCUUAUCACCUUUCAGUAUUUUUACACAUUCUUAUUCUGGGGCCAAAUUGAUAAAGACUUGCAUGUAUUUGGCGUUUUCAAGAUAGAAGCUUCUUAGCUUUGAAACCUUCUGAAUUAAUAAAGAAUUACAGUGUCUUUGGUGGUCCAUACCUGGCACAGAAGCAGAGCAGCUGUUCUGUUGGCUAGGCGAGAGAACUGAAGCUGCUAGACCUUGAUAAUUGAGCAAUAUAAAGUUCUGACACUGGCGUGGAUUCAUAAUUUCUUUUACUGGUAUAAAGAUCAGGAUGUUACAAGGACAAAACCUAUUGCCCUUUUGUUCUUUGCUGGAGUCAUGGCGACCUUGCUACAUUCUGACACGAGGCGCUUGUACUCUUGGUGGUGGGAUAGCCAUAUUCCAAAAAACUCAAAAUGCCUUCAAGAAAAUCUUACUGCAAGGCGCUUCUCUUGGCCUUGCAGAAAUAACUUCAUUCUGAAUACAUUUCCAUGUUAUGUCUUCCUCAGGAGAAGCAAACUUCAUGCCAUUUGAUUGUUUGAAUUUGUUACUUGUUAUUUUGAUGUUAAGCUUUUGUUUGAAUUAAUGAAACGAUGGUUUUCUUCUGGUCUUACGAAAACUUGGUAUGCCGCUUUGCACUGACAAGAUAUGUUCUGUGGUGUGUAUGAAGACCAAUCGAUGCAAAAAUAGAAUUUUGCAUGAUAAUCAUGGCUAUGGAGAGUUAUUAUAACCUAUUCUGUGCAAAUGAAUUGAGAAAAGCACUAUCUCUUCUCCUUGUCUCCCUCUGUACAUCUAUGAGUUUUUGAAAACAUAUAUUUUGAUCUUAUAAUUGGAAGUGAUAAAAUAUCAGUGAUGGAAGGCUUGCCUUGAGUCUUCAUUCAUGCGUGUAUGCAUAAGAAGUUGCUAGAACCUAGAUAUUUAUGUGUUCUUUUUAAGGAAAGUGUAUUAAAUGUCUGUAUGCAAUUUGUGCCUGUGAGUGGAUUACCAGCAUGAGGUAUGAGGGUGGAAUCUGGUGUGUUGCCUAUCAGGUGGUCCUGUGCUUGAAUAUGCAUAGAUCUGUUAUUCCAUUAUCUUGUAAAGAUGGAUCUUUACUUUAGACUAGCAGAUAAAUUGGUUACAAGCUACAACCAAGCCGAUACUCAUAUCUGGAGCAGUUGUUCCUCUCUGCAUUACAUACAAUCUGAUAAAAGGGCAGAUAAUCUGCUAGGCGUCUCAGAUUUGUUGCUGUCCCUUUUUGCAGAACUGGAACCCGGAUAAUUAAAUUGAUUUUUAUAUAUGCGUGCUACUUGCGAAUUUUGUCGACUGUGAUCAUUUCUAAUUUUGUCCAAUCUUGUAUGAAUUCCGCACAUCCAUAUUAACAUCCGCAUUUCUACGACACUCAUCUUGUGGAUAUGUUGGACCUACUGGCCCAACAGUCACUCCCAUAUAACGUUUCUGGUCUUACAACCAUUUUAUAGAACAUGCCUUUCACUUUGGUAAAUAUCCUCUCAACGCAUAACACACAAUUAGUACUUUUCCAUUUAACCAUCCUAUUAUGAUUGUAUGUGUAAUAUCUGCAUCUAUCACAGUUCUCCUGAAAGAUCUACUCUGAAUAACUGACUUGUGUAUUAGGGACCACAAUCCCGUCUAAUUUAAUCCAACCUCACCCUUUUUGUGUUGUCUAAACUUGCAGUGUCUAUAUUCACUCUCGCUUCUAUGCAUCUACAACAUUUUCUUUACAAUGCUUCUCCAUAGUUCAAGGUUUUGUUUGACACCCUUAUUAGUUUCAUCAAUUAACACAAUAUCGUCUGCAAUUAGCAGACAGCAUGAGACCUUAUCUUGUAUAUUGUUAGUUAGCUGAUCUAUAACUAAGGUAAACGAGUGCGGCCUCAAUGCGGAUCUCUGAUGUAAAAGUACAGUAAAAGGGAACUCCUUUUUAUCUCUUACCACUGCUCUUACACUAGUGACAGCUCCUUGAUAAAUCCUUUAUUGCAUUCUAUAUAUUUAAUAUGAAUUCCUUUCUUUUCCAAUACCACCAAAGGACUUCUCUUAGCAACCUAUAAUAUGAUUUCUCUAGGUCAAUGAACACCAUUUGUAGGUCCUUUUUCCUCUCCGUGUAAAUUUUCAUUGCAAGAAUAUAGCCUCCAUUGUAAAUGUACCAGGUAUAAAUCGAAAAAUGAUUUCCGCUCGCUUUUGUAGUGUCCCUAAGUCUAUGCUCUAUCACUUUUUCCCAAGCUUCAUCGUAUAGCUCGUGAGUUUGAUGUCACGAUAAGUCCUGCUACGUUGAAUAUAUCAUUGUAUUGUCUUCUAUAUGUGGUACUUGGAAAAUUAUGCAUAAGUUUCUUGUGAUGCACUUGUUUGUAAAAUCUCAUUGAGGAACUUAACUUGUUUCGCAUCUUAUUUCAACAGAAAUGGAUGCUAAAGUAAAGUCAAUGAUCAAGCUCAUUGAAGAAGAUGCCGAUUCAUUUGCAAGAAGGGCUGAAAUGUAUUACAAAAAGAGGCCUGAGCUAAUGAAGCUGGUUGAGGAGUUGUACAGGGCACUAGCUGAAAGAUAUGAUCAUGUAACAGGCGAGCUAAGGCAGGCCCAUAAAACCAUGUCAGAGGCAUUUCCUGACCAAGUGCCUUUUCUACUGGAUGAAGAUUCACCUAUGAGAUCUUCCACACUGUAUACAGAGCCACAUACUCCACGACAGUGGUGCCCGAUUCAUGCAUCCUCUGACACAGAUAACUUGCAACAGUAUGUGAUGGGUUUAACACCAUCUAGUAUACAUGCUGCACAGAAGAUUGGGACUUAUACUGGUGAUUCUGAUAAGGGAACACGUGAGUGGGGUUUAAAGCAGUUGCUUGAGAUGCUUGGGGCUGGAGAAGAAAUGUUAAAAAACUCAAAGUUCCUCGAAGGAAAAUUGAGCAAAGGAUUGAACAGAAACACAGAAGAAAAGGAAAAACGUUCGCAUAAUCAAGUACCCGAAUUGUCUGAUGAGAAUGAGAAUCUCAAGGCCAAAAUCCUCAUUCAGUCGGAGCGUGUCAGUGAAGCUGAAGCUGAAGUUCGAAACUUGAAGGAAGCCCUAGCUGGUAUGCAAGCAGAAAAAGAAACUACCUUCAUUCAGUAUCAGCAAUGCCUGGAACAGUUAUCUGCUGCAGAGAGGGAGCUCAAUAGUGCACAGAAGGAUUCCACGAAGUUCAGUGAACGAGCUAGCAGAGCUGAAAAUGAAGUUCAAAAGAUGAAGGAAUCCCUUAUCAAAUUAGAGGUUGAACGGGAUGCUAGUUUGAGCAAACAUAAGGAGUAUCUGGGAAGGAUAUCUAAGUUGGAAGUUAAGGUUAGUCAAGCACUUGAAGGGACAAAAGAACUAAAUAAGCAUGCAAUUAAAGCAGAAACCGAAGCUCAGAAUCUUAGGAAUGAGAUCUCUAAGUUUGAGUUUGAAAAGGAUGCUGUCCAUGAUCAAUAUAAGCUAUGCAUGGUAAACAUAUCUGACUUUGAGAAAAAUCUAUUGGUGGCUCAGGAAGAAUCCAGAACGCUUAAGGAGAGAGCUGAUGGAGCUGAAGCUGAGAUCAAGAAACUGACAUUUGUUCUGAUGGAGCUAAGUGAGAACAAAGAAGCUGCUGUCUGUGACUAUAAACACUGUCUGGGUAAAAUAUCCAAACUUAAGAAUGAACUAUCUUGUGCCCAAGAGGAUGUAAAACGCCUUAAUGGUGAGCUUUCAAUAGGAGCUGCAAAGCUUAAAAAUGCCGAGGACAAGUGUGUUGUGCUGGAGAUGUUAAAUCAUUCAUUGUGCCGAGAGGCAGAUAAUUUGGCAACGAAGAUCGCAACGAAAGAUCAAGAACUCUCUAAGAAGCAGAUAGAGUUGGAGAAAAUUCAAGUUGAUAUGCGAAAUGAGCACUUAAGACAUGCACAAAUUGAAGCCACCCUUCAGACUCUGCAGAAUUUGCACUGUCAAUCACAAGAAGACCAGAGACCUCUGACCGUGGAACUCAAAAAUUGUCUUGAGCUGUUGAAGGACAUGGAAACAUGCAAAAAUAGUUUGGAAGGUGAACUUAAGCGAUUGAAGGAUGAAAAUAAGAGCCUGAAUGAACUGAAAUUAUCCUCAGCCAAUUCGAUAAACAAUCUGGAAAAUGAAAUCCUUAGCUUGAAGAAGAUGAAGGAGAAACUUGAAGAGGAGGUUGCUCAACAAGUUGAACUAAGUAACAACCUUCAGCAAGAGAUUUCAUUUUUGAAAGAGGAAACCAAGGACCUAAACAGUAGCUAUCAGGCUUUAGUAGAGCAAGUGAAGGCCACAGGUAUAAACCCUAAAUGUAUCAACUCUUCAAUAAAGAGCUUGCAUGAAGAGAACUCCAAGCUCAGGAUAAUCUGUGAGAAGAUCAGAAGCGAGAAAGAAGUCCUCCACAAGAAGUUGGAAGACAUGGAUGAACUUUUGAAGAAGACGGCUACUUUACAGAGUUCCCUCUCAGAUGAGAAUGAUGAAUUGCAGGGAUCGCAGGAAAAGGUGAGAGCACUGCAAGAGUCUUGUCAAAUUCUCAAUGGAGAGAAAUCUACUCUUGUCACUGAAAAAGCUGCUUUGCUCUCUCAGUUGCAAAUUUUAAGUGAGAACAUGCAGAAACUCCUAGAGAAAAAUGAUGUUCUCGAGAACUCUUGUUUUGGUGCAAAAGCUGAACUUGAAGGUCUAAGGGAAAAGGCCAAGGGUUUAGAAGAGAUAUGCCAAUUUAUGAUGAAUGAGAAGUCCAAUAUUCUUGCUGAAAGAGGUAACCUAGCUGUUCAGUUGAAAAAAGUUGAACGGCGACUGGGGACAACAUUUAUGGUUUUCGAAGAAAGGUAUGCUUGCCUAGAGAAGGAGAAACUAGUAAAACAGCUACAAGUUGAAGAACUUGGAGUUUCUGUUGAAAUGGAGAAACAAGAAAGGACCAACAUUACUCAUCAGAGUGAGACCCGGUUAAUUUACAUGUAAAACCAUAUCCAUCACCUGCAGGGAGAGAGUAAGUGGAGGAAGAAAGAAUUUGAAGAAGAAUUUAACAGAGCUUUAAAAUCUCAGUUUGAAAUUUUCAUCCUGC